UCCAAAAACAAAUAUAACAUACAGAGAUGGCUCAAUCAAUGAUGAAGAAGAUUGUCGCUAGCAGUGCCUGCCUUGUGGUGGGUCUGACAAGAAGAACCAGCUCUCGCAGCUUGGUGACAGCAAGCAAGACCUUGAAUGCUAAGAAGGAACGUGACUUACCGACUGAGGGGGAGAUCACCAAGUCUGUGUUUAUGUCCCAAUCAAUGGACAUAUUUACUAAUCUGGCUCUGGAAGAUUGGAUGUACCGUAACAUGGAUUUCACUAACCAUCAUGUAAUGAUGGUAUGGCGCAAUGAACCUUGUGUUGUAAUUGGAAGACACCAGAAUCCAUGGUUGGAAGCUAACAUCCCUCUUCUGAACGAAAGGGAAAUAGCUCUUGCAAGACGCAACAGUGGCGGUGGUACUGUGUACCAUGACCGAGGCAACCUCAACAUCACUUUCUUCACCCCACGUGAGAGGUACGACAGGAAAUACAACUUGGAGCUGAUCAAGAGAGCACUCUUCAGAGGUUUUGGAAUCAAGUCCAUCAUUAAUGAACGUCAAGAUAUGAUUGUUCGAGAUAAAUACAAAGUAUCUGGAACAGCUGCAAAGCUUGGCCGUUUGACAGGAUAUCAUCACUGCACACUUCUAGUCAAUGCCAAUAAGGCAGAUCUCAGCAGAGCCCUUGCUAAACGUGAGCAUGGCAUACAGACUCAGGCGACUGCAUCCACGCGCUCUGAAGUGGCCAACCUGGCAGAGAUGGACAACCGCAUUACCGUAGACAGUCUGCAGACUGCCGUCGGCUACGAGUUCCUGCGCACAGCCGCCUUGAGCCUGCAAGAUGGGGGUACCUCACAGAUCUCCAAGCAACGAGGCUUCCAAUACAUCAACCCUACGGAUGAUUGGUUCCCAGGUCUUGCGGACAUCAAAAACGAGCUCCAGUCCUGGGACUGGAACUUCGGUAGAACACCGGUGUUCACAGUGAGUCGCACUUUCCCCGUACCGGCGGAGUUGCUCGCCCCGUCCAAGGUUUACUCUGCGACACAGGAGCUGGUUAUCAGCAUGUCGGUGGAGAAGGGUCUCAUCGACGACGUCACUCUUAACAUCCCCCCAGGACUCGUGGAAUCUGGAUUCCAUGGCGAAGCAUCCGUCAUCACUCAUCUUAAAGGAAAGAGAUUCACCUCUGAAGCUCUGAAUGCCUUGCAAGACGCUAUGCUAACACGUCACGUGGGUAAUGACGCCAGAAAGUUGGACGACAAGGAACAGUUUGUCGCUAAGUGCUUCGAUCAAGUGGUCAAUACUGUGUAAGUCUCGAUUAUGUACAAUGAACAUUGUAGGUGCUAUCGUUAGUAUAAGUCCCGUUAUGAAAAAAAACUGUGAAAAAAUUAUAUAAAUAAAGUAGAUAUUGUGUAACAAUUUUGUGUUGAUUUUAAUUGCAUAGUCAAUAGUCAUCAUCAAUUAUUGUCAAUAUGGAAUAUAUAGGUUUUAAUGAUUGUAAUAAUCUUUAAAUAGUCUGUACAUUGUAGUGAUAUUUUUAUACAACAAAAUGUUAGUAUAACUAAGAUUGUGCUAUUUGGCUUUCUUUCUCUUCUAAUAUCUCCUCAAAGCUUGUACUAAUAUUCUUAUUUCGUAUUAACUUCCAGUCUGCUUUGUUACAUUUAUGUUUUUUUUAGUUUAGUAUUAUAUUUAUAAAUGUCUAUACUGGUAGCGUAAUAUUGUCGGGACACUACAUAGGAUCGUGAAUCUCCGCGCUACGCAAUGUACAAUGAAGGCCUGCCUGUUUGCCUCAAUAUUACGCUACUUGACUAGAGUUUAUUCACGCGAGUCGCACCCUAGUGCCGAACGCUACAAGAAUGCAUCAUAUCAUUUGUUUUAAUUAAUUAAAUUAUAAUUUUGUUACAGAAUUAACGUACCCACGUAAUGUUACUUAUCGAACAUUUGUGUAGCAUGUAUUACCUACUGUAUUGUAAUCGGUGUGUAAACUUCUUCGACUAAUUUACCCAUUUCAUAAUCCACGCAACCUUGUUUUAACACCACUCCGAAGCGGGGACUUUUUUGUAUGAAAUGGACUUAGGUUUUACGUUAGUUUUAAUUUGUAGCUUUUAUAUGUUCGGUUUAAUGAUUGUCCAUGAUGUUGCUUUGUAAUAAUAACAACAUACCUAGGUUAACGCAGGGUUACGGUUACCGUAACUCAUCAGAAUUAUUUAAAUGUUAACGCUUAUUGAAUUGUGUACAGCUUUAUGUUCUUAUUAUUAUUAAAUGGGAGAUUGGAUUUGAAAGUUACUCAUUCAAAUAUAAAGUUAUGUGAAAAUAA